AUGAACAUCAACACCAUGAAAAAGAAUGAAGUUGAAGAUAAUUUAAUCAUUUUAUUAGUUAAAACAGAUGCAAGUUGUUCUCAAAUUAAGAUUAAAGCUUUAGAAAGGCUGAAAGAGUUGAUGUUGCUUGAAAAAUCUACAACUUUAUGGGAAGAAAGCUUUUGGUCUACCCAAGUAGAUCUUAGAAAGAACUCGCGGAGUAAUCAAUAA